CUGUUGCUGCCUAUCCGAGACCUGAGUGCAUGUCCGGCGUAAACCAUAUUUUGACAAUUUUAUUGAAAUUACUACGGAGAGUAAGAAGUGAGAACAGGCUGUGCAUAAUAUUUCCACACAUUCUUCGACCCGUAACUCGACACGAUGGCUACCAUAAGCAACGAGUCAAAUUCUCCGCAAAAGAACACAGGUAAUGAAGAAAAUGAUGGCAAAGAUGAUCAGAAUAACAUGUUUGAGUGUAACAUAUGCUUGGAGAAUGCAAAAGAUGCUGUUGUCAGUGUCUGUGGCCAUUUAUUUUGCUGGCCAUGCUUGCAUCAAUGGUUAGAAACUCGUUCAGGUCGCCAAGUAUGCCCUGUAUGUAAAGCUGUUAUAAAUAAAGAUAAAGUAAUACCAAUUUAUGGACGUGGAAAUUCCAAACAAGAAGAUCCUAGAAAUAAAGUGCCACCUAGGCCCGCUGGCCAAAGAACUGAACCGGAUGCUAAUACUGGUUUUCCUGGUUUUACCUUUGGAGAUGGCAGUUUCCAUUUGUCGUUUGGAAUAGGUGCAUUUCCUUUUGGAUUCUUAACAUCUUUUAAUUUAAUUGAUCGUCCUCAUGGAAUUCCAGUUGGUAGUCAACUACAACAAGAUGAUCAAUACUUAUCAAAACUUUUCUUAUGGAUUGCAGUAAUAUUUAUUAUUUGGCUAUUGUUGGCAUGAUAUACUCAUAGAGUACAUACUUUUUUUUGAUUAUUAUUAUUAUUAUUAUUCUAUCAUUCAAUGAAGUAUGAACUACUAUAUUAAGCACUCCACGAGGGCUUCUUUUUAUAUAUUAUUUUAAUUUGCUAUUUUGUCCUAACCAAUCUAUUGGCUGUAUAAGUUUCAAAAUAUAUACUUUAAUUUGUAUUGUUUGGUAAUUAGUCUGAAAUCUUAACUGUUAUUUUAAUGAUAUAAAAACUUUAACUGUAUAAUAUAAAUUUUUAACAGUUUGACAAUUAUUUUGUCUAUGAUUUCAUCGAGAAUAUUUUCUAAAGCAGCAAUAAUUUAAACAGUUCUUUCUUUUGAGUUUUAAUCUAUACUAAAUUUUCAAAUAUUAAUUUGUAUAUUGUAUUAUGUUAUAAUUAUCGAAACAAUUAUUUUAAAUGUCACAGUUUAAUUGUAUGUUUAUGAAUAUUGUAUUAUUAAUAGUUACCUACGGUUUAUUUGUGACAUGAUGGUUUUGUUUUGAUGUAAUUAAAAUGUAAUAAGUCUUUAUGAUUUACUAUGUCAAAACAUUAUUUAUUAUUAUUAUUAAUUGUGUUCAUCCCAUUCAUCAUAAGAUUAUUUAACACACAGACAAUUAUAUAUUUGAACUUAACCUA